AGCCAGUUUUCCCCUCCUUGCCAUUGGCACAUUUUUGUUUCAGAAAAACAUAUCGAGGAUUUGUAUCAUGAAAACAACUCUUAUCACAAUGCUCUUCAUGCCGCGGAUGUUGCUCAGGCUAUCUACUGCCUUUUGAAAGAACAACGAGUUAAUAAGUGCAUAUCUGCUUUCGAAUAUAUGUGUGCAAUUCUGGCCGCCAUUUGCCACGACAUAGACCAUCCUGGCGUUAAUCAGUCAUUUUUAGUCAAAUCCAAGCAAAUGCUGUCAAUAUUCUACACGUCUUCUUUACUAGAAAAUCAUCACUCAAAUGUAACCACCUCGGUUCUUCUUCAAUCAAAAGCAUUUUCUGAUUUUUCCACCCGCCCCAAUGUAAAAGGUUUAAUACUGGCCACUGACAUAACCAGACAGGAUGAAUUUCUUCAAAACAUCCAAGUAGAUUGUAAUUUUGUGCUGAAUAUAGUUCCAUCAAAGGACUUGACAGAAAGACGUUAUGGUCAGGAAGAUUACGUGCUUACAGACGACGACAGGAAACUUGUCGCCAUCAAGUGUGCUGAUAUCUCGAAUCCCUGUCGGCAGUGGGCCGUCAGCCUCCUGUGGGCAAACUGCAUAACGGAGGAAUUCUUCCUUCAAGGUGAUCGAGAGAAUCUACUUGGACUUCCAGUACUACCCACGAUGAACCGAAAAACUACCACUAAGGCUAAAGUCCAAAUAGGUGAGUCCUACGAUGAUGUGCUUUUUUCCUUUUCAUUGGCACUUGUUCCCCUUGCAUGUUUGGAACGGUCCAGUUACUCCCAGUCACCGCGUACGUUGACUGCAGUUUAA